GGGUGGUCGGUGAAUCAUGAAUCCCCAGUGUGAUCGAUGGUUCGGGUCUUCGCCGGUCCCGAAUACUUCGAUGGAGAGCUGGUGGCUCAUGAUCCGGUGAUAUUUUCGUCACAGGACUAUGUCUCUGUCUCUGACUCCAACUCCAAAUUCGAGGGAACGUCGAUCGAUCCGCUCGUCGAUAUCUAAUCCGUCCGACAACAAUGCGUUUGCGUUUGUUUGCUCCCCGGGCUGAGAAGAUUCUAUCCUGUCGCGGACGGGAAAUUGUUGCCCUUUCCCUCUUCUAUCUCCUCGUAUAUACCCCAUUUGUCUACCGACGCAAUCCCCCCAUGUUGUACUGUGUAUGCCCUUGCGUAACUAUGCAACAUGAGUACGUGGCAAACGCAAACAGAGCCCCCCCCCCCCCCGGCCAAAAAACACAACUCCAUAUCUGCACCCUCGAGAAUAGAGAUGACACCAAAGCCUGCCGUACUUACAUAUUUUCAAGGCCAGAGAUUGUAACCCCCCUAACACCGAAUGACGUCACGUCACCCAAUAGUACCGUGAUACUAUUCCUCUCACGGAGCCAAUGAAACGACGAACACCGGCUUAAGUGCCGGGGUGUUAUUCAGCAACGUUUAGUUAGUGCGGAAGGGUAAGAAGUCGAGGACGAAUGGCCAUUCCACGAAGGAGCGAGUGAGAUGAUCCGGUGUGUGUGUGUGUGUAUGUGUGUCUGUAUGUGUGUCUGUCUG